UUAAAAAAGGGUGUUUCUUGGCUUGGUUUAUAGAGGAAAAACAGAGCCAGAAGAUGCAAUCGAGAUUGUUGGGAAUGGAGGAAGGUAAAGAUCAGGCUUCAGUAAUAAGAACAAACAUCCCGAGGACAUUGCCUUUGAGACUCCUACUAUUUUGUUUGCUGUUUGCGGUAAUGGUGAUUGGGUUGUCGAUCAUCUGUAUGUAUUCCGUUCGAUUCUUUGUUUUCCAGCAAACAGGCACCGUAGCACCAUCGAGUUUACACCCAUGGUUCGACGAGACCGAUACCAUAGAACGAUGGAUUAGGCCUCCAUCAAACCUGUGGCAUUCACUCAGUGACAAUGAACUACUUUGGAGAGCUUCAUUUGUUCCUCAAAUUGAGGAAUAUCCUUUUAUGAGAGUCCCCAAGAUUGCCUUCAUGUUCUUGACUAAGGGACCAUUGCCAUUGGCUCCUCUUUGGGACAAGUUUUUCAAGGGGAAUGAAAGGCAUUACUCUAUAUAUGUCCAUGCAUUGCCAUCUUACGUUGCUGGCUAUCCAUCAUCUUCUGCUUUCCGUGGGAGACAAAUCCCAAGGCAGAUUGUGGAGUGGGGAAAGAUGAGUAUGUGUGAGGCCGAGAGACGACUCCUUGCGAACGCGUUGCUCGAUAUUUCCAACGAAUGGUUCAUUCUCUUGUCAGAGUCUUGCAUCCCUCUAUAUAAUUUCAGCGUAACCUAUCACUACAUAUCGAGUUCGAAACACAGCUUCAUGGAAUCGUAUGAUGAUCCCGGAGCUUACGGGAGAGGCCGCUACGAUUCACACAUGGAACCGGAGGUCAAACUGAGCCAAUGGCGCAAAGGAUCUCAAUGGUUUGAAGUUGACAGGAGGCUUGCAGUUAACAUAAUUGAGGACACCAAAUACUAUCCAAAGUUCAAGGAGUUUUGCCAGCCAGCUUGUUAUGUGGAUGAGCACUACUUCACCACAAUGCUAACCAUCCAAGUGCCUCAUCUCUUAGCCAACUGGACCCUUACAUGGACCGACUGGUCAAGGGGCGGCGCUCAUCCAGCCACAUUUGGGAAGGAUGAUAUGACUGAAGCUUUCUUUGAGAGAAUCUUUGAAGGUCAGGCAUGUCUUUAUAAUGACCAACCCUCAACUAUUUGUUUUCUUUUUGCUAGGAAGUUCGCUCCUAGUGCUUUGGAUCCUUUAUUAGGAUUAGCGUCCAGAGUGUUAGGAAUUUAA